GCAGCGGCGGCGGCGGCGGCGACCCUUCCGCGCUACCGGCUAGGCCUCCCGCGCCCCGCGCCCCGCGCCCCCAGGCUCGCCGCGCUUCGACCCCCGGGCCCAGCGGCCCCCAGCGCCUGCCAGGCCGCCCUCCCGACCCAGGCUCUCCCGGCCCCGCACUCCGGCCCGCUCGCCGCUCAGGCCCCGGCCCGCAGGCCGCCCGCGCCGCCAUGGGGGUGGAGGGUUGCACCAAGUGCAUCAAGUACCUGCUGUUCGUCUUCAAUUUCGUCUUCUGGCUGGCCGGAGGCGUGAUCCUUGGCGUGGCCCUGUGGCUUCGCCAUGACCCGCAGACCACCAACCUUCUCUACCUGGAGCUGGGGGACCGGCCGGCACCCAACACCUUCUAUGUGGGCAUCUACAUCCUGAUAGCCGUGGGCGCCGUGAUGAUGUUUGUCGGGUUCCUGGGCUGCUAUGGGGCCAUCCAGGAGUCACAGUGCCUGCUGGGAACGUUCUUCACCUGCCUCGUCAUCCUGUUUGCCUGUGAGGUGGCCGCCGGCAUCUGGGGCUUCGUCAACAAGGACCAGAUCGCCAAGGAUGUGAAACAGUUCUACGACCAAGCCCUGCAGCAGGCUGUGAUGGACGACGAGGCUAACAACGCCAAGGCCGUGGUGAAGACCUUCCACGAGACGCUCAACUGCUGCGGCUCCAAUGCUCUGACGGCGCUCACCACGUCCGUGUUGAAGAACAACCUGUGCCCCUCAGGCAGCAACAUCAUCAGCAACUUGUUCAAGGAGGACUGCCACCAGAAGAUCGACGAGCUCUUCUCGGGGAAGCUGUACCUCAUCGGCAUCGCCGCCAUCGUGGUGGCCGUGAUCAUGAUCUUCGAGAUGAUUCUGAGCAUGGUGCUGUGCUGUGGCAUCCGGAACAGCUCGGUGUACUGAGGCCACCACGAUGGCGCGCCACCGCCUGUGUACAUAGCGCCUGGCCUGCCUCCGCUCGCGCCUGGGGCUGGGCGCCCCUGCCAGCGCCGGGGGCUGCCACGUGCAGGUGGCACGUGUGUCAGUGGAGUCUGCCCAAGCCCGCCUCCCCAACCCCAGCCCUGCCCUGGGGGACCUCGGGGACCGGGGUGGGGGGCUCUGUCCCCUGGCUGCCCGCCCCCUCCCCACCUUUUUAAUCCCAGUUGCUUUCCCGGCCAUUCCGAGGGCCGGACCAGUGAGCGCUCUGCCUUCCACGCACCUGCCCUAACAUGUCACCUCCCCACUGUGACAGCGACAGCUGGAACGGUCACUUAAUAAAGAAGGAAAAACCAG